GAGACGUGCGAGAUAGAGUGAUCGCGAUCCCAGUAGCUGCAUCUCUCUCCCUCCCCCGACUCUGUACCCCCACUCCAUCUGCAACAUGCCGUAUAUAUCCGUACUUGUAUUGCUAACGAACGCCUACUUCGAGCUUAGGCCGGCGCCUGGAAAGGUAAGGUGAGAUGCGUAUGCAAGACGUCUAAAAUGACGAUCUGCCACUCGCUGGAUAUUUGGGAAAAGCCCAACACUGAUCACUCCCAGCAGCCUGAUGCCAUCUUGUCUUUCAGCGUGAGGCUUACGUCGUACGCUGCUGUGGCUGCAAGCCGUACAAGCCAUAUGAAGCCCUCUCAAACAUAUCCAAAUGCGGAAACCCUAACCGGCAUAAUUGGGCUUGGCGGGUUUGAUGCGCGGCGCCCGAUUAGUCAGUCAGUUAGGCUAGCCAGCGAGGUCAAUCUUACCCGGGUUCUUCUUGCGCGUGAAGCAGGUUUAAACGCCGCCGGGCUCUUGGCGCGCGAUAGCGGGCAACGCUCUCCAGAGGAAGAUGCAAAACGAAACAGUUUCUGUAGGGCUUGGCUCUAUCAGGAUGGGGCAGCGGCGGGCGACCCUGUGAGGCUGUAUUCGUCGCGCGGAUCGGAAACAUUCAGCGCAGAUCGUGCCGUUUCUAGACAGAGGGGGUUCAAGAUUCCUAAUGGAUGGUGGUGAUGACGACGGCGGAUGCCUUGGGAUACGACCAUGGCUCAAACAAGAACAAUCAUCGGUGCCUGAAAGCCAGGGUGGGGGCAAGGGUAAUUUGACCAUCGUCGCGGGGUCUUCUCUCGCAUUCUAACUAGCUUGCGGUUGCCGCGGGAUGCGACCAGCCCUCGCUUGAUUAUGCCUCUAGAGAGACAGCG